ACAAGAUGGCGGGAAUACGUGGAUUCCAACUGUCCCAAAUUUUUAUCCUUUUAAUGCAGUUUUAUCAACUUAUUUAUGCCACCACCAGCGGCAAAGUAUUGAGAAAGGAAUAUUCUACCUCUGGAAAAUUGGUAAUCGUGAACAAUCAGCCGGAGUUUACAAACAAUACUUAUUUUAUAUAUCAGAUGUGUGACCGGAAGUCGUAUUUAUAGAAUAUGCUACAUACAAACAGUCGCUUUGAUUACGCCCUAGUAAAAUGCAUACUCCUCUGCGGUGAUGUGUCGCCUAAUCCAGGGCCAGUUAGAUUUCCUUGCAGUACAUGUAGAAAACCAGUAAAAUCUAACCAGAAAGCGAUACAAUGCGACUUCUGUGAGCUAUGGGUUCAUCUGAAAUGUACAAACUUAGAUCAUGCUGCUUACAUGAGUCUCGGUAAAUCUGAAGACUACUUCUACUGCAAUCUGUGUGAAUCCCGACUACCAAACUUUACGGAUUCAUUUUUCAAUGACGAGGAAAUCACUUACUCCCAGCCGCCGAGUGGGGACGGGAUGCACAAAAAUGUACAUUUCACAUCAGCAAAUCAGAGUAAUUCCCCUUUGGCUACACCAAAUGGGAAAUCGAAAGUACAAGAAAAUGAGGAAGACGAUAUAUUUGUUGAACUUUUUUCAGCUAGGAAAGCUAAUCCAAAGAAAUUUAUAGUCGCAUACCUAAAUAUAAACAGUCUGCGGAGCAAAAUCGAGCACAUACAUGAGCUAUUAACUCGAAAUAUAGUUGAUAUACUCUUUUUGUCAGAAACAAAAGUUGAUGAGACUUUUGUGGACGCCCAGUUCCAGGUGGACAAUUAUAUCCUAUGGAGAAGGGAUCGAAACGCACAUGGAGGGGGAAUAUUGGCAUAUCUAAGAUCUGAUCUACCAGGUGACAGGAAGAGGAAAUUCGAAUUCAAAUCAAUCGAGGCCAUAGAACUGGGUAUGGAUGUCAGUCCACCUUACUUAGGAUCAUGGAAGACUGGAAGAGAGCCUUGGAUGAGAAUAAGUAUGUAGCCGCAAUUCUUAUGGAUCUCUCUAAGGCUUUCGACUGUCUCCCCCAUGAUUUGCUUCUCUUAAAACUUAAACACUACGGUCUUGGAAAUGAAGCCUUAAGUCUUAUGGAAAGUUAUCUCAGUGAAAGAUAUCAAUAUGUGAAAAUCGGGGAGUUUUCUAGUUCAUUUCAACCAGUUUUCAAGGGCGUUCCUCAGGGCUCGAUACUUGGACCGAUACUGUUUAAUGUCUUUAUAAAUGAUAUUUUCGGCUUUGUCUCUGACUCUUCCAUUUAUAAUUAUGCUGAUGACAACACUGUUUCUUACUCUCAUGAAAAAGCAGAUAUAUUAAAGACCACAUUGGAAAAUGAUAGCGUAUCCCUUUUAAACUGGUUCAAUUGCAACAAAAUGAAGGCAAACCCUGACAAAUUUCAGGCAAUUUCAGUAGGAAAGAAGAGCAAAGAUUUAGAAUUAACUUUUGAUUUAGGAGAAGCUACUCUAUGCAGUGAAUCGGAGAUUAACCUAUUAGGGGUGACCAUAGAUUAUCAAUUAAAUUUCAACUCCCAUAUUACUGACAUCUGUAGGAAGGCAGCUAGGCAAUUAAAUGUGUUAAAAAGAAUAGGACACAAUCUUAAUCGUCUAAGUAAACUUACAAUUUACCAUUCCUUUAUUUUAUCAAAUUUUAGCUACUGCCCCCUUACCUGGCACUUCUGCUCGGAGAAGAAUACCACAAAAAUGGAAAACCUACAGAAAAGGGCCCUUCGUUUCAUAUAUAAUGAUUAUGUUUCUACAUAUGAUGAAUUGCUUCAUAAAUCUCUUCUUCCAACCUUAAAAGUAAGGCGUAUGCGCACACUGGCUAUAGAAACUUAUAAAAUUAUAAACAAAUCCAGCCCUCUGUUUCUUCAUGACAUCAUUGCAUUUAAAGAUCACUCUUACAGUUUUAGAUACACAAACACUGCCAUUGUGCCCAGUGUCAGGACAACCAGGUAUGGGUUGCAAUCCUUUAGGUACAGUGCUCCUAAGAUCUGGAACUCUUUACCAAAUGAAGCUAGGCAUCUUACCACCUUAAAUCAAUUUAAAAGUUUUAUUUCCACUUGGUCUGUCCCCACAUGUAAGUGUAAAUCAUGCAGAUCUUAGGUCCAUUGUAUAUAGCUUUAUAUGUUGUUUCUGCUCUUUUUAUCUAUGCAGCGUUUAUUUGUGUGUCUGCAUGGUUCAAUAGACCUUUCUUUUCUAUUUUUACUUUUAUUAUUUAUUUUUUAGUAAAUUCCAUCAGCAAUGAAAUUUUAAAUAUUUACAUGAUUAAUUUACUACCAUCAUUUAUUUUAAUUAUAUUUAAAUUAUUUUCAAAAACUCUUAUACUAUACAGAUUUUACUUGAAACAGCAAACAUAGCUAAUUGGUUUGAAAUUUAAUGAUGCUUUUAAUACAUAUACUCUUGCUUGUAGUAUUUUAUUUCUUCCUCGUAGUUUUAUGCUUUCGUAUCUGUAUAUUCUUGUGUAUUCUUGCAUGAAAGUUUUCUUUUAUUUUGUAUUCUUUUGUUAAUCUGUGAUAUGUCUGUGUAUAUGUGUACAUGCAUGCUAUGUGUCUUUGUCCUUGAUAUACUUGAAUGUGAUAGUCGGUUAAAAAGCUCUACAGAGCUUGUGUUUGACAUGUUGAAUGUAUAUAGUGCCGACUUUAAAUAAAAUUUACUUUACUUUACUUUACUUU